AUGGAGCCUCAUACUCGAAGACAAUCUUCACAGUCAUCGUUGAUGCCACGCCAGGCUCGCGACAGACGGCGAAUGGUCGAGAUGUUUAUCGCGCUCUCCCUAGUACUUCUCUCUUCAGGAAUAGAUCAGACUGCCAUUGCAACCGCGAUUCCCACUAUUUCAGCUGAGUUGGGGUCAUCCACCGGCUAUGUCUGGAUUGGUGCUUCUUUCCUACUGGGAUCAGCGACAACUCCAAAUCUCUGGGUUGGUCUGUCGGACAUCUGGGGUCGGAAAUCAGUGCUUUUGACCUCGGUGUUUGUCAUGUUUGUCGGUGCUCUUCUUGGUGGGUUUGCCCCAAAUAUGCCCAUGCUCCUUGCCGGGCGGACGCUGUCUGGAAUGGGAAAUGGCGGAGCCAUCCAACUCAUUACGGUGGUCAUAUCCGAUAUGCAUCGAGGUGCAUUUCUGGGAACACUUGAGGGAGUGUUCGUUAUUGCUUCCGCCUUGGGACCUCUGAUCGGCGGCGCUUUUGCGGAGAAAGUCAGCUGGCGAUGGAUUUUCUGGAUCAAUCUUCCAUGCUGCGGACUAGCAUUCGCAUUGAUUCUCUGGUUGAUGGAUGUUAACCACUCGAAGACUGAUAUGAUGACAGGCCUUCGGAUGAUGGACUGGCUGGGAGCAGCUGCAAUAGCCGGAAUGACGAGCUUACUAUUGGUAGGACUCAACUUGGGUGGUGCCUUCGCUCCUUGGGGGUCCGCCUUGGUAAUUUCUCUCUUGGUAUCCGGGAUACUCGUGGCUUUCCUAUUCAUCUAUAUUGAAGUCCACUAUGCGAAGCGGCCUAUCAUACCUAUGAAAAUGUUGCAAAGUCGGUCUGUUUUGGCUUGUAUGGUAUUAAUACUCUCGCAGAAUAUGGUCACCAUGGGACUUCAAUAUUACCUUCCACUCUAUUUCCAAGCAACCACUGGGGCAACCGCCCUGCAAUCGGGACUGUUGAUUCUUCCUUUUGCAAUUGCUGAGUCGCUCAGUGCUGUUGCUGUUGGUUUCUUUGUUGAGUGGAAAGGGGGCUACCGCACUGUGUUAUGGGUAGGAAGCAGUUUGCUUGUCUUGGGAGCGGGUCUUUCUGUUUUGUUCGAUGACUCAACUUCUGUGGCGAGGAUUAUUGGCUUUCAAGUGCCAUCCGGUGUCGCUUCGGGUCUUCUGUUCUUUUCCUCACUCAUUGCUCUGCAAAGUGAGGUCUCGCGAGAGAACACGGCUGCAGCCACCGCAACCUUCGGCUUUGUACGGUACCUCGCAAUGGCGGUUUCAGUGGUUCUUGGAGGCGUUAUCUUUCAGAACGACAUCGAUGGUGUCAUCUCAACCAGGCCUGAGCUUCCUGAGUCUCUUCGGCAGCAGUUCGAUGGUGCCCAUGUCGUGGCCAAUCUUCCGGCCAUUGCACAGAUUCAAGAUACUCAGCAGCGGCUAAUUGUAGAGCAAGUCCUUGCCCAUAGUCUUCGCCCUGUUUGGAUCUUCUAUGCUACUGUUGCCGGUUGUGGAUUGAUCUCAGUUUUCUGGAUCUCUAAAAAUCGUCUCAGCUCAGAGCACACAGAAACCAUGACGGGCCUGAAGACGGAGGCGAGCCAGGGGGAAAUACUGAUGGCAUAG